AUGUCCCUGCUGCGCGCCCCUCGCAGGGCAUGGACUGUCGAGGAGGACAGUCUGGUACUCUCGCUUCGCCAGCAAGAUCCUCACAUCCCCGCAAAUCAAUUCGGAAACGCAAGUCUUCUCUUACCCUACUCUAAAUACCAAAGCUCCUUUACUGAGCGCACUCCACUUGCCAUCAAAGUGCGUCUGGCAGACCUGACCAGGUCCAGAUCUUCCCAGGAGCUAGCUCCCAACGGGUAUGCACAGGGAGGCCCUUCGGCUGCUAUCCCAGCUAAGCGUCCUGGAGAAGAUGGUCUCGACGCCGCUCCCAGUCAGAGACCCAGUAUGGGACCAUUUGAUCAGUCUGCCCAGAAUGGCGGAAAUAUCGAUACUGGCAACGCCUCUGAGGAUGCCGAUGGGAGCUCCUCCGCCAGAAGCGGCCUCGAGGAGAACAAGGCCGAAGAAAGCCCCACUGGCGAACAGAUGUAUGACACCGAUUCUAUUAGUGACUUGGAGUGUUUCACAGGUUGUGGCUGUACUGAAGCAGAUUCCGAUAGUGACCAUGAGUCUAAAUCUCAGGCUGGCUCUGAUAAUCAUGCUGGCACUGGCUCGGCGGAUUCGAGUGCAAAUGGGGCACCGGCUGUCGGUACUAAUGAGACCUCCAACCAGGGCGCUUCCCAGAACAGUGCUCCUGUUGCCCUUGAUGUCGGAAAGGGACAAAGCGUGUCUGCUGCGGACUCCUCGUCAGCCUCUGCGCUCGACAGACUGGCCUCUGCCGCUGCAUCCCAGCAGGCAGUAUCGUCGCAGCCUGUAAUGGCCCAGGGAAUGGUGAACCCUCCGCCAGUCCAUCCAGCUCAGCAGAGUACAGCAGUCCCGAUCAUGUCUCAGACUCACACUCCGACUCAGACUCAGAGUGCUGUGCAAAGUGCCCCUGCACUGGGCCCGCGUGAAACGGCCCCGUUUUAUGGAACCCCCCAAGUUCCUGUACCGAACAUGAUCUCGAACAUGAAUUCAAACAUGACCUCGAACGUGACCCCCGCCUCUGUUCCUGGGCCACCCGGGCAGAUCCAGGGAAGUCGAACUGCUGCGCCGCCCAGAGCAAGACCCAGAGCAAGAACAGCUCAACAGCCCCAGGUAGCUCAGCAGCCCAUGAAUUACGACAUCAGCAACCCCACGGUCAUUUCAAACCUAAACUCUGUACCACUCUCUUCUCUCUCCGCUCAACAGCAAAUGUUGUUAACCCCCGGGCCUCAUCCCUGGCUACGGCAGUUAGCUGGCGUCCGUGAACCAAUCGGCUUUCGAGCCACAAACACUAUGUUGACCGGUUUAAUCCGGGAAUUCGAACAUUUGAAAAGCACCUACUACACUGAUACCUCGAAUGAAUAUCAGACCGUGAGCGAGCGCUGCGGCGAGCUAUCGCACCAGUUACGACUGACCAAGCUGCAGCUGGACAGCACUAAAUCGGGUUUGUUAAACACCGUCUCUCGUCUGGAAAAGGACAUCCAAGCACGUAACGAGCGUGUAUCUGAACUCGAGAAUGACGUUGCGAAGCUGAAUGGUAGGAUCGUUGCCGCGUGGCAGAAAAACGCCAAAGAAACAGCUUAUUUGGCGGAUCCGGAAAAACGACUCCUUGCGCAGGAGGAGGAAAUCCUGCAGCUCGGUGAGAGGUUGAAGGCGCGCAAUAGAACCAUUGAAACGUACGAAAGGAUCCUGACUCGUGGUGCGGAAGUUUUCAGCGACACGGUGCAGCAAAACCGGAACCCCGACCAGAACCUCAACCAGAAUCCCAAUCAGAAUCUCAACCACAAUGGCAAUCAGAAUCCCAAUCAGAAUCCCAACGAGAAUUGCAACCAGAAUGGCAAUCGGAACCCAAACCAGAGCCAGGACCAGAAGCAAUCUUAG